ACCCCCUCACUGAUAUAACUUGCUACCCACACAAAAAGCCAAGCAAGAAAUCAAAAUCAACCGCUUAUUACCAAAACCCAAAUUUGACGGUCUAAAACCCUCUUUUUCCGACCGACGAAGAUGAACCGGAUCGCGGCGAGGUCGGUGGCCGGAGCUCUGCGCCAUGGCCGGAACUUCAACCGUUACAUUUCUACGGCGCCGGUCGCUACAAGGACUUUGGACACCGUCGAUUAUCUGAACCGCCAGAACGCCACCGCUUUAGGCUCAUUUUACUCCAGCAGGAUGAUGAGCUCGGUGACGCCGUCUGUCCAAACGCCGCCGCCUCCGGCGGAGAAGGAUCAGAAGGAGAGCUCCGCCUCCGACGCCAAGAAAGACGCCGUCGUUUCACAUUAUUGGGGGAUUAAGAGGCCAGAGAUCAGAAGGGAGGACGGUUCUGAGUGGCCAUGGAAUUGCUUCAUGCCAUGGGAGACUUAUCAAGCAGAUUUAUCGAUCGAUCUGAGCAAGCACCAUGUGCCGAAGACGUUUCUGGACAAAGUGGCGUACAGAACAGUCAAGCUUCUUCGAAUUCCGACUGAUAUCUUCUUUCAGAGACGGUAUGGAUGCCGUGCAAUGAUGCUGGAAACUGUGGCAGCUGUCCCUGGUAUGGUUGGAGGAAUGCUGCUGCACUUAAGGUCUCUCCGAAAGUUCCAGCAGAGUGGUGGUUGGAUCAAAGCCUUACUUGAAGAAGCAGAGAAUGAGAGGAUGCACUUGAUGACAAUGGUGGAACUCGUGAAGCCUGCAUGGUACGAGAGGCUACUGGUUCUCACUGUGCAGGGAGUCUUCUUCAAUGCCUUCUUUGUGCUCUAUAUGAUUUCGCCCAAGCUAGCACACCGGGUUGUUGGAUAUCUAGAAGAGGAGGCUAUUCACUCUUAUACAGAGUACUUGAAGGAUAUUGAUGGUGGCAAAAUUGAAAAUGUACCAGCUCCUGCUAUAGCAAUUGACUACUGGAGGCUGCCAAAAGAUGCUACACUUAAGGAUGUUAUCACUGUGAUUCGUGCAGAUGAGGCUCACCAUAGGGAUGUCAACCAUUUUGCAUCUGAUAUUCAUUAUCAGGGAAAGGAAUUGAGAGAAGCCCCAGCUCCCGUUGGAUAUCACUAAGUCAUCUCAUCUGCCAAGAAUUGAAGAGUUAUGUUCAUCUUAUAUAAUCUGUGUCUUGUAUAUGCUUAAGUCUAUGAUCUAUAUACAGACAUAGAUUCUUUUCCAAAUAGACAUCUUAAGUUCUUAAAUUGGUUUUGAAUAUUUGAUAGAUACAUCAUUUUAAUGGCUCAUAUUAUCAGGAUUAGUUGGCUUCUUGGCUUUUCGUACAUGUAUCUUGAACAGAGGUCAAAGCUGUUCCAGCACUAUUUUCUUUCCAAGUUAAUGCUUCUCUAUCAGUUAUUGAUGCAUAUUUCUAUCC